UAAUCUGUAUAAAUAGGCCAGUCGGGAGUGCAGUUCUAUGUCAAAUCGUUGCAAACCAUCGACAAAACAAAAUGUUCAAGCUGUGCGUCUUCGUUGCUCUCCUUAGCCUGGCUGCUGCUGCCCCAGCUCCUGCUCCUGUGCCCGCUCCUGCUCCUGGACUAAUUGGCCCUGGACUGGUGGCACCUGGACUCUGGGGACCCACCGUCGUGGCCGGACCUCAUCUGCUCGCUCCCCAGGUUGUGAGCGUGGUGCCCGGAGCCAUUUCCCAUGCCGCCAUCACCCAGGUGCAUCCUUCCCCGCUGCUGGUCAAGAGCAUCCACGGCCUGGGACCCGUUGUGAUCGGUUAAUCCUUCUGCUGGAUCCAGCCACCCAUAAUAUCUCACCCAAAACGCCAGCCAUCCAGCUCCUGUUCAACUUUAGCCAUUUCCCUGCGGAUUACUUCAAUCACGCAUCCUGUGCCCUGUUUAUAAAGCAAGCAAGUCCAGCAAUGAGAAGAAAAAAUCACAAAAAAAUGUUUAGACACUAAAAUACAUUCCAAGCAAUAAAUUACCUACCAUACUUGUUAUAGCGAGCGUAAAA